AUGCUAGGUAAUAUAAUUUUGGUCACUGGAGGCAUGAUACUCUCAAGUGCAGGUAAUCUAAUCCCAGAGUUAUACUAUAUGUACUGUAUGUCCCUAUAAAUAAGACUGCUGUUUCAGUCUUUAUCGCUAGAUGGCAGUAAAAGGCUGUUUGCUUACGGAUUAAUGUAUAAAAUAACCAGCUAGAUACAUUAUUAUCAACGUCAGAAGAACGACUAAUUCAAACCAUGACAUGGCCUUCAGGGGUAAAGUGGCCGACACGAGGACCGUGCUCGUGCACUUGCUACUGUGCCUCGUCAUAUUCUACUCUGUCUACUACAUGAUUGGGAGUGUGUGUUUCGGAGCGUUCAGGUUGGAGCACUUUGAUGGACUCAUCCCCUUUGAUUUUAAGACCGAACCAACCAACUUGGAGUCCAACUCUAAAUACUUAGUGAACCUGCUAUCCAUGGAGCUGACCUAUUUCUGCAGUGGCCUGCUGUUUGCUGCCGUGGUGAGAUGGGUCUGGGACUACGCUCUCACUGUCACACUGCUGCACGUACUGCUUACCAGCCUAGUGAUGUUGGAGUUUCCCCUGGUGUGGCAGUGGUGGCUGGCCCUAGGCAGCGGUUUGUUUCUGAUGAUCUGCAACGGUCAGCUGAUUGCAUACUUCACCUGCCAGAGUGAUCAGAGCUACCCCACUUUCAACGGCUACUAAGCACACACACACACACACACACAUCAGAGCUCUCUGCGAUUAGUGAGGUAGAAACGAAGAGAAACCAAACCAUCCUGUCGCCUUUGGGUCAUCUUUCGGUCAUCUGAUUAUUGCACUGUAAGUUGUUUACAUAUGUAUUAUAUAAUCUACAGACUGGUUUUCCAAGCACCAGUUUUCCCAAGUGUUUCUCCAUUGAACUUUUCAGUCCAGAAAACCAUUCCUUUACAUGUGCUGCAAUUGUUUAAUUCUGUACUGUUGUCUGUAUUCUGAAUGUUAAUUAUGAACGAGAUUCUUAGUUCUGUAAUGUAUGUAUUACUAACAUCUUAGACCCAUUAAACCAGCGGUUACCUCA